AUAACGUUUCCUUGCGCUAAAACCCAGCGAACCUUAUCCACUCUUUGUAAGUCACUGCAGCAUUUUUUUCUUUUCUGUUUUUUCAUUUCUGGAAAAAGGAAGAAUAUAGAAAAGACAACAACAAAGACAAUGUUGAAUGUGAAUAGCAUGGCUUCUCUAUCAAACUCAAAGCUUCCAUUUCAAUAUUUCCAUUAUUAUAAUAAGCAUUCCAGCAAGUGUUUUAAGGUAUUAACACCCAGGAAAUCAGAGCUGCAACUGCAAAUUAUAAGGGCUUCUUCUUCAGCUGCUGCUCCUGAUGUUGAUCUCAACACCCUCGAAUCUGCCAUUUCCAAGAAAGACAGUGAAGCAGUGAAAGAAGCACUUAAUCAGCUGAGUGAAGUUGGGUGGGCAAAGAAAUGGAGUUCACAGCCGUAUGUGUCACGUCGUACGGUCAGUCUCCGAUAUCAAGUCUGAAGUUAUGGGAAAAAGUGAUCACUCAAAUGUUAGCCUGCAUGCUCAUAUGCAUACCUGUACAUACAUCUCUUAGGGAGCUGACCAGCCUUGGUAUUAAAAAUGCAGAAAACCUUGCAAUUCCAAGUGUUCGAAAUGAUGCAGCAUUUCUUUUCACAGUUGUUGGGACAACAGGGUUUUUGGGAGUUCUUGCUGGCCAGCUUCCUGGGGAUUGGGGUUUCUUUACACCAUAUUUAAUUGGGAGCAUUUCUUUGGUAGUUUUGGCAGUGGGGAGCAUUUCACCAGGACUUCUUCAAGCUGCCAUUGGAGGCUUUUCAUCAUUUUUCCCUGAUUACCAAGAAAGGAUUGCUAGACAUGAAGCAGCUCAUUUUUUAAUUGGUUAUCUGUUGGGCCUUCCUAUCCUAGGGUAUUCACUGGAUAUUGGUAAAGAACAUGUCAAUCUCAUUGAUGAAAAGCUGGAAAAGCUUAUAUAUAGUGGACAGCUUGAUGCUAAAGAGCUUGACAGGUUGGCAGUGGUUGCCAUGGCUGGACUUGCAGCAGAGGGUUUGAAAUAUGACAAAGUGGUGGGUCAAUCAGCUGAUCUUUUCACACUCCAGAGAUUCAUAAACAGGAGCCAACCAAAACUAAGCAAUGAUCAGCAGCAAAAUCUAACUAGAUGGGCAGUUCUGUUUGCUGGAUCCCUGUUGAAAAACAACAAGGUGAUUCAUGAAGCCUUGAUAUCAGCAAUGUCAAAGAAGGCAACUGUAUUGGAAUGCAUCCAAGCAAUUGAGAACGCUGCAUAGGUUUUACCUUGCUGCUCCAUUUUAUAUGCCCAAAUUCGGGAAAGAAUUCACUACUUGAAAUUUUCUUCUGAUUUUCUUUUUCUUAUUAUUAAUUUCAUUUUCAAUACCAUUAAUCUUGAUAUUCAAUUUAUAUACCCAAAAUGAUUGUAAAAGGAAAACAAUCAAAUUCAAGUUCAAUUCUGUUUA